ACAGUUCUAUUGCGCGCUUCAACACCGUCAGUCGUCAGCCCCGUUGUCGUGUCGUGUUGUGGUCGCGUCCGUGUUUGCCGGUACAAUUGCCCGUAUCGUACAAGUGUAAAAACGUCUUUCUUUAAUUAGCUAUUGUUAACGUGUUCCGUUAGUUAUUGCUCUUGUCCGUUGCGUUGCGUUCCUUCGUUCUUUCGUUCCUUCGUUAUCAGUCGCGUCAGAGGGUGCUAAUCGCUUUACGCUCGUGUUUCUCAAGUGCAAUAGUAGUAAAGAACGUUCCGUUCCAAAUACACGAGCAUUACAGUCCAAUUUUUGGUGGCUUAAUCGCCUGCAUCAAUAAAUUAAUUAACGCUGUGGUUAUCUGCACGUUCCACUUCAGUAUAUUUAAAGCAUAAAUUAAUAUAAGAGAGAACAGCCGCGUAAACAAAACAAAAAGCUCCCUCUGCCCCCCACACACACACACCCCGCCCACCUGGUGGCUGCACGCUGCACGGUCCACGGUGCACGGUCCACGGUGCAACGGCAAACGGAAAAAUUAAUUUAUGGCAUUAAAAAUGAAUAUUUUCUAGCAGUUUUUAACAUUUGCCAGAACUGCUGCUAGAAAGGAGAGAGAGAGAGAGAGAGAGCGAGGCAAGAGGUGGAGCCUUGCAACCGUAGAAGGAUUCCCUGCCACAUAAGCAGCAACAGCAACAACAGCAUCUGAGGCGGAGGAUAACGCAAGGAUAAUUCGCCAGCUCUUUGCCCCCGAAAUGGAUUUCCUAUGGAUAAACCCUGCCAGAUCAAUGACAUGGCGACCAUUGGUGACAUAUCAUCGAUGAUCAUCUCACCGCCGACGUCUUCCAUUUCGAACGAUCAAGAUCCGUUUGGACAGCUGCCACCGCUACCACCGCCACUGCGUUCCACCCAAGUGCUGCAGCCAUUGAGCGUAUUUCCAGUGUCCAAUUUGAGCGAAGAUUCCUACGAUUAUGUGUUUGGUGGUCGACGUAAGAAUCCGCCCUCAACAACGUCACAACAACUCAAGCUGACAUCACCGCCAGUACGAUUGCGACCAGAAGACGCCUAUCGUGGUGGUGCAGAGAAUAUACAAAACAACGGCCGUUUCUAUCGUCAUUCGUUUAGCUAUGCCCCCAAGCGGCAGCGCCACACCUCCUCCUCGAGUCGGGAUGAUCGUGAUCGUGAAUCGAGAUUGAGAUGUCAUGGAGAGGACGAGGCCACAUUGCGCCAAUUGCUGCUCGAUUUGCAAAAGCAAGUUAGCGUGAUGAGCAUGAAUCUAUCAGCGAAACUCGAUGAGCUGCAGCGAGGCGAUCGACACCUGGAGACGACAGUCGCCUUGUGCGAAAUUCGCACCCAGCUCCAAGAGCUGACCAAAUCCGUGGAGUCCUGCCAGAGUGAAGUCUCAGAGGUCAAACGUGAUAUGGUGGCCAUCAAGCAUGAACUGGACACCGUGCAGCAGGUGAAGGAGGAGAUCGAGGAGCUGCGCGAAUAUGUCGACAGACUGGAGGAGCACACGCACCGACGGAAGCUAAGACUUUUAGAACAAGUUUGUAGCUUAAAUUAUUUGCCAUGUUGUGGUCUCACCUUCUUCCUCACAUACUCGAUCUUCUCGGCGGUGCUGGGCAUGCUGCAGUUCGGCUACAAUACCGGAGUGAUCAAUGCCCCAGAGAAGAAUAUCGAGAAUUUCAUGAAGGAUGUGUACAAGGAUCGCUAUGGCGAGGACAUUAGCGAGGAGUUCAUCCAGCAGCUGUACUCGGUGGCAGUGUCCAUCUUUGCCAUUGGCGGCAUGCUCGGCGGUUUCAGUGGCGGCUGGAUGGCCAAUCGUUUUGGCAGAAAAGGCGGCCUACUAUUGAACAAUGUGCUUGGAAUAUCGGGUGCUUGUUUGAUGGGUUUUACCAAAGUUAGUCAUUCCUAUGAAAUGUUAUUCCUUGGCCGAUUUAUAAUUGGCGUUAAUUGUGGCCUCAAUACAUCUCUAGUGCCGAUGUACAUCUCGGAGAUAGCGCCACUGAAUCUGCGCGGUGGCUUAGGUACUGUUAAUCAAUUGGCUGUGACUGUAGGUUUACUAUUAUCCCAAGUCCUGGGGAUCGAGCAGAUACUCGGCACCAACGAGGGCUGGCCCAUACUCCUCGGCCUGGCCAUAUGUCCAGCAAUAUUGCAACUAAUUUUACUGCCCGUCUGCCCAGAGUCGCCACGAUAUUUGCUGAUAACCAAACAAUGGGAGGAAGAGGCACGAAAAGCCCUUCGACGGCUGCGCGCCUCUGGCUCUGUCGAAGAGGACAUUGAGGAGAUGCGCGCCGAGGAGCGUGCCCAGCAGGCCGAGAGCCAUAUAUCCACCAUGGAGCUCAUCUGUUCGCCCACCCUGCGUCCCCCAUUGAUCAUUGGCAUUGUGAUGCAGCUGAGUCAGCAAUUCAGUGGCAUCAACGCCGUCUUCUACUACUCCACGUCGCUGUUCAUGAGCUCGGGCUUGACGGAGGAGAGCGCCAAGUUUGCCACGAUAGGCAUAGGCGCUAUAAUGGUUGUAAUGACACUGGUGUCCAUUCCACUGAUGGAUCGCACGGGUCGCAGGACGCUCCACUUGUACGGCCUUGGGGGCAUGUUCAUCUUCUCCAUUUUCAUAACGAUUUCGUUUUUGAUCAAGGAAAUGAUCGACUGGAUGUCCUACCUAUCGGUUGUGGCCACCCUCGGAUUUGUGGUCUUCUUUGCCGUUGGUCCCGGCUCCAUACCAUGGAUGAUCACCGCCGAGCUCUUCUCCCAGGGACCACGACCCAGUGCCAUGGCCAUUGCGGUGCUAGUGAAUUGGAUGGCCAAUUUUGUGGUUGGCAUUGGUUUCCCCAGCAUGAAGACUGCUUUGGAGAACUAUACGUUCUUGCCGUUUAGCGUGUUCUUGGCCAUCUUCUGGAUAUUCACGUACAAAAAGGUGCCCGAGACCAAGAACAAGACGUUCGAGGAGAUACUGGCCCUCUUCAGGCACAACAAUGGCAGGAGUAUGCUAAACUGCACAAAUAGCUUGGAGCCACAAUCAAUGAAUUCUGGCAUCGAGCAUGCCGCCUUGAUGGUAUCCGAGGAGAAGACCCAACAUGACUCACCUGCUUCCGAGCGAUUUUUAGACGGCGGCCGAAGUACACACCAGGGCCGGAGCGGUGCCUCUGCGCCCCAUCACCUUCGUCAGCAAGCACCUGUCUGCCCGAACAGCGGGCCUUGACUGAGGAACGCCUCACCUCCUGAAACUGCCAGUGUUCGGUCCGUGAGUCGCGCUGAGGAGGCCGAUGUGCAGCAGCAGCAGCAACAGCAACAACAGCAGCAGCAGCAGUCGCAGCAGUCGCAUCACCAGUCCCGAUAUGCCACACACGAAUACGUACAUUGUAGCUAUGAGAAGGAUGUUGUAUGUGAUCAAGCAGCCCCCUCGCAGCAGCCCCAACAGAUGCCACAGAUGUCACAGCAACAGCAGCAGCAGCAACCACCAGCGCACAGUCACAGCCACAAGCCGAAUCACGAGCCGAAUCAGGAGACGGUCUCCAUCCUAUCACACUGCCACCAAAUGCAACAGCAGCAGCAGCACCAGCAACCAAUGCAACCACUGCAGAACCAGCCACGCAAGCCACACAGCCACAGUCCGCAUCAUAGUCGCCACACCUCACCGCACAGCCAUCACUCACACCAUCAUCAUUAUCGUAGACGUCGUCGCCAGGGCAGCGGCAGUCUGCCAGGAGCCCACACCACUUCCACCCAUCAUGCGGGACACCACUCGGCGGCAGGCACCACCACGCGCCACGGUGGUGUCGGUGUCGGUGUCUGCGCCGCCAAUCGUCGCCAUCGCUCUGUCACGGAUGUCUCCAGCAAUUCCUGCCAGGAUCCCAGUUGCGCGGAUCGCGAGGUCCAGGAGAUUAUGGUGCGCAAGUCCUGCUGCACCUCCUCCUCGCGCACAGAGCUGGCCCAGUUCUUCGCUGAGGAUCUGUACGGCUCCUCGUCGCGACGCCCCAGCAGCUGCUGCACCAGCUCCGACUACUGCUACCAGACGGACUCGACGAGCCUCUACGGCUCCCGGUCCUCGCUCAGCCGCAACAACUCCAUCAAGUCGGCGUCCGCAGCCAUGCGGAAGCAGCAGCGCCUGCAGCAUCGCCAGCCCAGCUACACCUCCAUCUCCUUGCGGGGACUGAAUGCCAGUCACCCGAAUAGUCAACUGGGCUCACUGACCUCCAUCUUCGACAGGGCCAAGCAGCUGGCGGGGGAGCUUAAGGCGGGAGAGGAUGCGGCGGGUUCCACUCUGGAGAGGCAGAGCUCCAAGGGAGCUCUGAGCAACGAUCUACCCGAAUACGCCUGCUCGCCGUCGCCCAUCCGCUGGAGCUUCCUGGCCGACGGCAAGUCGCCAACGGAGUUUGAUGGCGCCGUGGGUGGAGGAGGAGGAGGAGAGGAGGAAAAGCUGGAUGCCUGGCAGGUGCCAGAGCCGGAGCCCGAGAAGAAGCCCUGCAGGAAGAUCACCAGCGCCGAGACCGCCUGCUGGAAGAGUGGCUCCGUGUACGAUGAGGGUCCCAGUACCUCGGCAGCGGCAGCAGCCCGGAAGCGGCGCGGCAGCAGCUACCACUGCGAAUUCGAGGAAGAGUCGACGACGGUGCUCUUCCAUCAGGAUCCCGGCGAGUCGUUCAACAACUGCUGCAACAACUACAUUCAGUGCAACAGCUACCUGGACCAGGACCUGCAGAUCACCAGCGAGGACAUCCAUCAGUAUUUGUCGAAGGGCGAUCCCACGGCCACAGAUGUCCUCAAUAAUUCGAAGAACUAUCCCUUCCAGCCGAGCAAUGCCCUGGAGUUUCAGUACAAGAACAACUUCCAGCAGGGCGGCGGAGGCGGCGGCGGCGCCAACAACAACAACAACAACAACAACACGAAUACCACGAACACAGCCUCCAGCGAUGCGGGCGAGUGCUUCCAGAGCUACAGAGCCAGCAGCUCCAAGGAGACGAACCUCCAGACAACUGGAACUGGAACUCCUCCAAUGUCGCCGACAAACAUCAAUCUGUCGACCAGCUCGAACAACAUCAAUAUCGUGUUCAACAGCAGCCUCGAGCGGAAUGCCAACGAGGUGAAGUUCAUCAACAAUCGGAGUGGAGGCGCCGCCGACCCAGAUGAGAUGAGUGGAAUGGUGGGAUGCGAGGGCCAUCAUGCGGGAUAUCUGCCGUACACCUUCCCCAGCUAUGACUACACGAACAUGUCGGGCAACUCGCACUUCGAGAAGUCGCUGGGGAUCGAUGAGCUGCCCAAGGAGUUCAACGGUGGCUGCCAAGUGGAUGCCUCCACCACCAGCGAGCACUCAUCGUCGCUGCCGUCGCCACAGCCGCUGUACCACCACCCCCACCACCACUCACACCAUCAGCAGCAGCAGCAGCAGCAGCAGCAGUUCCAGCCCUUUGAAUCGUUUGACGCUGCCUCCGAGCACAAUCUCCUGUCGCAGCCCAUGUCACCGAGCUCGCCGCUUUCGGGUUCCGUCAAUCCCGCUGGCGACGACGAUUUCGUACAAAUGCAUCACUAUCACGCCUCCACAGCCAACACCUCGCAUUCGCAUGCCCAUCACCACUCGCAAUCGCAAUCGCACCCGCAAUCGCAAUCGCACCACAGUCACGCCCAUGCUCACACCCACGCCCAUGGGCAUGGCCACCACAUGUUGCUGCAACAGCAGCAGCAGCAGCAGCCACAGGCAGCACAUGCCAUGCGCUACGAGGACCCACUGGCCGGGUCGGGGGUCUUGAAGAGAGUGCGCAAGCGUGCACGCAAUUUCCUGCGCAAGAAGUGAAGAGAGUGAUCCAGCGUGUAUCCCGUAAUCCCAUAAUCCCCAUAGAUUCGCCGUACUUUGGCCGAAAGUAUCUGGUGGUCUCCAAGCAACUGAAGCCCCAACAGCAGCAGCUGGAGCGGCGUACGCAGAGCCUGGACGAGGACUGAGAUGAUAGUGGGACAGUGGGACAGUGGCUGUACAUCAGCAUCGCCAUUGCCAUCAUCGUCAUUGUCGCGACAAGCAAUAACUGAAUAAUCACCACAGAAUGGAGGAUAUCUUUUAAAUUUAAUUACAAUUUUUACACUGCCAAAAAAGAAAACAAGAAAACAAAAACAAAAGCAAAAAAACGAAAGAAAUUUAAGGUUAAUUUUGUGCUAAGCCAAACAAGAACUCUGUUGCCAGCGAGUGUCACCACACCACACAAUGCACAAUCCACAAGCAAAAAAAAAAAAAGAAAAA